UGUAACUCCAUGGGCUAGCUCAACUUGGGUAAAGUCUCGAUCGUUCAUAAUGAAUAUAGUCUAGUCUAACACUAUCAAAUAUAUAUAGUCUGCUGGAGGACAUGGUGAAAUCUCUUGGAACGCUACUGCUCCCGAAAACGCAUUGAACUGUGACAUUCAAUUGAUGAAUGGUGAAGCCAAAAACGCCAACUUAGUUGCUCAAAUCACAAACCCUGCUACUCCAAUUGCCUGUUCAGCUGGUAAAUACGAUAUGUAUCCUCUCAAUGACUUUGCUUCUGGUCAAUACUGGCUUCGUAUUGGUCAAGCUGCCAACAACAACUGGUUCUACUCUGGUGUCUUUAAUUUUAAUGGCACUGGUGCUGCCAGACCUGUUUGUAAGUUUUGAAAACUAUAUAUACUCCACUGCUGCUGGUUCUAAAA